AUACUUGACAUUUACUCGAAAACUUCAAAACCAAACAGUUUCUAUUGAUCCUCACAUAUCAAAGUUGACACUAGCAAGUUGUCUGCCAUAAUAAGCACCAAUAAGACAAACAUGAGGAUCGAUAGACGUUGAACGUGACUGUUGUGCUCGUACCGCCGCUUCUACCGUAGCUUCAGAAAUACGUACAGAGGAGAAUUCUCGGAAGAUUUUGGAGCAGCUUCGAUUAGGAAUGGCACAGAAUAUCAAUCCGUUCUACUCAUCGCAGAGCACACCGAGUAAGGCCAAGGAGGAGAAGCAAAAUGUACCGAAGGAUAAUCAUGCAGUGAGCAAACGGCUGCAGAAAGAACUUAUGGUACUGAUGAUGAGUACGGAGAAAGGUGUUUCUGCUUUUCCCGAUGGUGAAAAUUUAUUCAAGUGGAUUGGAACUAUUACUGGACCACUAGAUACGGUUUAUGCUGGUCUCACAUACAAAUUGACACUGGAGUUUCCACACAGUUAUCCUUACAGUGCUCCAAUUGUACGCUUUGCUACACCUUGUUUUCAUCCUAAUAUAGAUACUGUUGGAAAUAUCUGUUUGGAUAUACUAAAGGACAAGUGGAGUGCCCUAUAUGACGUGCGCACUAUAUUACUGUCUAUACAGUCUCUUCUUGGGGAGCCAAACAAUGAGAGUCCUCUGAAUCCUCAAGCAGCAGAGCUUUGGAAUGACCAGACAAAGUACAAGAAGCACCUCACCGAGGAAUACCACAGGGUCCUCAAUCGUACUCAACAAGACUCAUGAUAAGUGCAUUUCAAAAAUUUUAUCGGCUCAUUUACUGCUAUUACUAUAACUAUUAUUAUUGCUAUUCUUAAGAAUAAAAGGAAUCGAAAAAUAUGCGUCCCAGAUGCACGUAGAUCGUCGCUCAGGCGUCGUUUCUUAUAAAAAUCACGAGAGGAAUCUCGUAAUCGAAAUAAAUUCAGCGAAUACAACAAGACCGAUCCAUUAAAAUUAUUGUAUUAUUCAAUCAAAUUAACGUGACUACACUAUCGUAUUUAUUGUCCUCACUGCUAUUUUUUAUCUCACUGUAGACAAGCCACUGAAAAAUCCAUGUAGUCACUGAUCUCAAUGACGCAUAUACAUUAAAUACUUUUAUUAUCGUGUAGUUCAAUUUUUGAUGAAAACAAUUAUUUAUUUUACAUGUAGUAUAAUAUAUGUUGACUUGAAACAUCUAACACUGACGUACGUAACAAUUGAAUUUGUAAUUCGUUUUCGUUCUGUUUAUCAUUAUCGUGUAGUUCUGAAAUAAAUAUUUUAAAAAUAUAACGUUAUCUCUACAGCAAUAACCGAAAGUCAUCGAAAUCAUUUCAUUAUACUGAAUAUACUCGUCAUUGAUUCUCUCAAGGGUAAACGACACUUUCCUUUCCUGUAUUCAAAGCUACCCAAAAUAAAGCAAUCCCCCAUUAAUUUAUUUCAACACAAUAAACCAAUAAACUGUGACAUCAGUCGGAUAAAACGAAAACAAGUAUCAUACCAUACGGUGGUAAUUUUGCAACAAUCUCAUCCGCCACGAUUUACCGGUUGGUGGCGCUAGUUUUGCACAGGGUUACGUCACUGGUCUUUUAUACUUUGAAUAUGAUUAUGGAGCUGAGUGAUAGGUAUAACGAAAAUAGAUUUAUUUAAUCGUUCAACACAACAGGCCGCAUCCUGCAGAAGACAAAAGCGUCUUGACGCUGUUUAUCGAACCAGUAAAACAUUGUCCCAGGUAUUCAACAAAUACCCUAAUACUAAAAUGCCAGACCAGUCCAGUUCUUCUUGGCAGCCACCUGAACAGCUUAUGAACAUACUGUGGUUGCCAUAAACACGUAUCCACCAUAUCGUAGAACUAAGAGCGAUGAUGACAAAAGUUUUUAUUGCCUCACCAGCUUAACUACCUCAUGUGAGACCUGAACGCGGACUGAAAGCUAAUGAUCGAUAAUAAUGGAGAAUACGAUCACUGUGAUCAAGUGAUCAUGCUGUGAUCAUAUACAGCCAUGUAUACUAUAUAUAUCAUUCAGAAACUGGAAUUUCUUCCAAGAACGUCUCGGUGAACGAUCAACUAGUUUCCAAGAGGAUCGGCACCGAUAUUUAAUACAUCGUCUGUGUGUUGCAGGUCUGCUCGUUAUUUGAAAUUAAAAUUGCAAAAAGGAUGCAGCAUGGACGCGUAUUCCGACACACCCGUCGCUUCCGGAACGCUCCAGUUCAACGUUCGAUGCUGAAGCCAGUUAACCAUACACAUACCAGUCUCAUUACGGACUUAAAAUACUUGAGAAUGAUGGAUUCAAUUUGGCGCUAUAUUAAAAAGAAAUGAAGUUUGAUAAAACUUUCUACCUCUGACAAUACUUUCCGGUUCCUGAAAUUCAAUUCCAAUGGCACAGAACGUGCCUAAACUCGGAGGGCAUCUGUAAAUCUCAA